GUGCCUUUCCCAGAGGUUGUUCCCCACGUCGUGCGUGUCCGAUCCGCAGACAGCGGACUCUUCGAGAAGGGAAACAAAAUACAACCCCCCCACCCCACCCCACCCCCCUCUCCCGAAGCAUGCAACGGGACCUGCUGAAAGGUCAGUGAGGACGGACGCCUCUGCUGUCCAGCAGCCCGGGGUCGGGCUUCUGUUUGGAGCGAGGACCCACGCAGGAAGAAAAAAAAAGCGAAAAUAAAGAAUAAUCACCAGAAAUCCUGAAAAUGGAUCCGCUACAAAAUGGGGAUAAUUGUGAGGAGGACUCGCAGUGUGCCGACGAGGAAGAAGAAGGAGAAGGAGAAGAAGGAGGAGAAGGAGAAGCGGUGGAUCCAAGAAUCCAGGGAGAACUGGAGAAGUUGAACCAGUCCACUGACGACAUCAACCGCUGCGAGAGCGAGCUGGAGGACUGCCGUCAGAGGUUUCGUGCGGUGCUGGUGGAGGCGACAGUGAAGCUUGACGAGCAGAUGAAGAGGAUCGGACGAGCUGUGGACGACUCCAAACCGUACUGGGAAGCUCGUAAAAUUGCCCGACAGGCCCAGGUCGAAGCCCAGAAGGCCACUCAGGAGUUCCAGCGGGCGGUGGAGAUCCUGCGGGCGGCCAAGGAGACCAUCGCCCUGGCCGAGGAGAGGCUGCUGGAGGAGGACAGCCGCCAGUUCGACUCCGCCUGGCAGGAAAUGCUCAACCACGCCACGCAGAGGGUGAUGGAGGCCGAGCGGGCGAGGACUAGCAGCGAGGCCGAACACAGGAAAACGGCCGCCAAUUACAACUCCUGCAUCUGCCACAUGAAGCAGCUGGAGAAGAAGCUCAAGCGCUCCAUCAACAAAUCCAGGCCCUAUUUUGAACUGAAGGCCAAGUAUUAUCUACAGCUCGAGCAACUCAAGCGCCACGUGGACGAGCGUCAGGCCAGGCUGGUGGCGGCCAAGGCCGACUACCGCGCGGCGCUGCGCAACCUGGAGAGCAUCUCCGAGGAGAUCCACGCCCAUCGGCGCUCCGUCGCCAUGGGGACCAGGGAGCGGGGAGUCGGGGCCGAGGGAGACGGCCCCGACGGGGACAUCGCCGGCUUCCCCGUGGAGGCGGACGGUCUGUCCUUGGUCUCCGUGUCUUUUGACGAGGGCCGUCACAGUAGCAGCUCCGAGGAGGAGACCGACGCUCGCUCCGCCUCCUCCCCCCAAGCCCCGCCCUCCUCCUCGUCCCGACCCUCCACCUCUGCCUCCGCUCCACUCGCCGUCCCCUGCCCUCCCCCUUCCUCCUCCUCCUCCUCCUCCUCCUCCACCGCCGCCCCCCCCGUCCGCACCCCCUGCUCCUGCCUGUCCUCCUCUCCCUCGUCCUUUGCCGGUGGACAGGAGCCAGAGGGCCCGUGCAGCCCCCACGGCGUGGACUCGGUGUGGAGUCCUCAGCACGCGUCGCCUCUCCUGGGCCCUCGCAGCCAGUGCAGCGGAGCUUCUUCCCCCGACUGCGACCAGGAGAGAGGUGACCGCGCCGAGGGGGCGGAGUCGGCGCCGGAAGCCGGCUUGAAGAAGCUCACCUUGACCGCGGCUCGAAAGCAACGCGACGGCGAGUCCGGCGGCGAACGAGAUCCCCGCGGCGUGAGCAGCCGCGAAGCGUCCCCGCCCGCUUCCACCGCGUUACUCGACAGGGCGUAACGGACGUCCGUGUCGGGCCUCCGAUUCAAACACACCUGAAUAUUGUGUCUCCAUGUGGUCCAUAACACCCAAUGGCGUCAGAUUAGACGUGCUACAAGUAGCGUAUUUGAGUUCAUCAUUCGAGUAAAUGUGUGGACCUGCCCCUAAACGACUAAGAGCAGCGAUUAGCUACUAGUGCUGUCAUUCAAAAGAAGGCACUUCUCCUAAAUAUCAUUUAGAGGAGCAGCUCCCUUUAUUCUCUGUUGAGAGAUCAUUUGCGUGGAGGACGAUCGUCUUUCGUUUGGCGCAUUGUGCGUUCUGUCCAACUUCUCGACAACGGUGCAAACCCGGCUUCAGCUUUACAGUAUUAAAGCAAGGCGUCCAAAUCAACGUCAUCAAACAUGUAUUGAUGUAAAUGUACUAUAGUCGGCAAACACUAAGAAGUGGACCUCUAUUGGGGAUCGAGAUGGGACAAAAGAAGAUCUCCAACGUUGGAUCCUUUCUUUGUUCUGACCGGAUUAUCGAGCUCUGCUUUUAACUCCUAAAUGUGAAGUGGAAUUGCAGAAUGCAGAGACUGUUCCGGGGGGGGCAGGAAGGAGGAAGGAGGAGGAGGAGGAGUGCAAGCAGUACUCCCAAGCACUGGACACGAGCAGGGACUCUCCGGGGGGGGGGGGGGGGCAGGGACCGAACACCUGUGGUCUUCCAUUUGGACUUGUGAAUGAGUGAAUUCCUGCAGAUCACCAUCUGACGUGAUUGAGAACAUUUGAAUACGUGCGUCGGUUGUGUUUUUUUAGUAGUACAGAUAUUCUAUAUUUAUACUCCUGUAUUCUUGUAUAUCAACAGUGGUUGGUGUGAACUAUUGUUGUUGUUGUUUAACAAAAAAAUAAGCAAUAAAUAUGUGCUUCAUUUAUCGGA